GCGCCCCGGGGCUCCUGGCGUCCGUAGGAGGACUUGGGAGGCCGCGGGGCUUCGCUGUCCGGCCUGAGUUCGGUCUGGUCGCAGCCCUCUACCUCCACCUCCACCUCCAGGGCCAGUGCUGAGUCGACUUGGAGAUUUGAGGAGCCCGUUUUUCUGGCAUGCUUUCUAAACCAAAUGAAAUAAAUUGCUUCUGUUCUGUCUCUGCGGGUCUUCAGCUGAGAACGGCUGAACUAGAUGGUUAAAGAGACGAAUAUUUAUGCUCCAGACACCGCCCUGAGCGCGGGGAGGACCGCGCUGAACGAGACCGAUGGGGUUUCCGCGCUCGGGUUAUGGCAAGUUAGGGAGGCCUCAGAAAACCAAAACAAUGGCUGCUCAGGCAGUUACGGGAGAAGUAAAGAAGAAAAUCCAGGAGCAGGAUAUCGGGAUGCGGAUUCAGAGGGGGUGUCAGGGCAAACUCUUUGAUUCGACAAUAGCUGAUGAAGGAACGUGGACUUUGGAGGACAGAAAAAUGGUUCGUAUCGUUCUUACAAAGACAAAGAGAGAUGCAGCAAAUUGUUGGACUUCUCUUCUAGAAUCUGAAUAUGCAGCUGAUCCUUGGGUGCAAGAUCAAAUGCAGAGAAAACUUACAUUAGAGAGAUUCCAGAAAGAAAAUCCCGGUUUUGACUUCAGUGGAGCAGAAAUCUCAGGAAACUAUACCAAAGGUGGACCAGAUUUCUCAAAUCUGGAGAAAUAACUACUGUUUUUUUGCUGCAUUCUGUGGACUGUAGCAGAUGUUGUCGACUUCAUCAAAGGAACAGAUUAUGUGGUGGAAGAAAAAUGUGGAUGCUUACAGUUAACAAAUUUCAAAAUAUAUUUAAAUAUGGUUCUAAAAAUUGCAUUCAAACAUGAUUUACAUAGGAAGCCUCAAAUACUGUGGGAACUAUUCUGUUGAUAUAUGGUAACUUUUUUUGGACUUCUUUUUGCUCAGCAUGAAGUUUCAUAUGCUGCAUUUUACUAAUUUUAUAUUUAACCUAUAUUUUUAAUACAAAAAAAUUAGGGCCUGGAUCAUAUGAAAUGACAGGGUGCCAUCAGGAAAAAUUCAGUUUUUUUCUGUUAAUAAGUGUGAUGUAGGAAUAAUGUUCAAUAAAAUUUUGUAAAUAGGAA